AUGAGGUUUCCUCCCAAGGUUUACCAGUUCCUGGUGGGCACUUUUGCUGCACUUGGAUCUUUCCUCUACGGAUAUGACCUUACUAUCGUGGCCGAGGUGGUGUCUAGCGGUUCAUUCCUGAACUACUUUAGCCCAACCACCAGUGAAAUAGGUCUGGUCGCGUCGCUGCUCACAGCUGGAGCUUUCGUCGGCGCUGGGUUAGCGUACCCGUGCUCAGAUCACUUUGGCCGCCGAGCAACCAUCUUAACUGGCGGAUUGAUCUUCUGCCUCGGUGGUGGACUACAGACCGGUGCUCAAAACUAUGGCUACAUCUUAGGAGGUCGUUUCAUCUCGGGCGUCUCGAUCGGUGUCCUCACUAUGAUCAUUCCAAUUUAUCAGGCAGAAUUGGUCCACCCCGAUAUCCGAGGCUUGGUGACUGGACUGCAGCAGUUCAUGGUCGGCAUUGGUGGAGUUUGUGGAAGUUGGAUCAGCUACGGCACCUAUGUCAGCUUCUCAGAUAACAGGCAAUGGCGCAUACCAUUGGGUAUUCAGAUUGUACCGGCUGCUCUUUUGUCCAGCCUGAUUUUCUUCUUCCCCGAAUCACCUCGGUGGCUCAUUAGCCAGGGCCAGCAAGAGAGGGGUCUACAGACCCUCGCACGACUACAUGCUAACGGUAACACAUCCGAUCCUUGGAUUCUCGCCGAGUUUGAACAAAUCAAAGCCCAAAUUGCUACAGAAAAUGAGCAUAGCCAGGUCACAUUAUAUCAGUCGAUCAGCGAUAAAUCAAACUUCCGGCGUAUUCUGCUGGCUUGCGCCAUGCAAGCUGCCACGCAAAUGACGGGAGUCUCCGCUAUUCAAUAUUACUCGGUCACCAUCUUCAAACAAAUUGGCAUCGAUGGAACUGACACCCUGCGCUAUCAAGCCAUUAACUCAAUCAUUGGCCUUAUUGGUGAACUGCUCCUCAUGCUGAUCGUCGAUAAAAUAGGUCGUCGUAAGCUUGUGGUGGGUGGAAAUCUUGCCAUGUGUCUCACAUACGUGAUCAGCACAAUUCUUCUCGCCCAAUUCCCUCCCGAGAUGAACAACGCGGGCGCGCAUUGGGGCUUCGUUAUCAUGACAUGGGUUUAUAAUUUCUGCUUCGCAAGUAUGGGAUCACUGUCUUGGAUGAUCCCCGCCGAGAUUUUUGAUACAGCAACCCGAGCCAAGGGUGUAGCUUUGGGUUGCAUGGUAUCAUUCGCAUUUAACACAAUGAUUGGUCAAGUGACACCCAUUGGAAUGGCAACCUCCGGGUGGAAGUUCUACAUCCUUUUUGUGGUCUGCAAUUUCACCAAUGCCGUCUUCUUUUGGGCCAUGCUCCCUGAGACAAAACAGUUGCCUUUGGAGGAGAUGAAGAAACUCUUCACCGAGACUCCCUGGUUCGUCGGCAACAGGACUACAAGCGACCACCGGAUCACAGAAACCAGUAUGCUGGCGGAGCGAAUCAAGGAGCAAGGACUAGGGAAUAAGAAUGGCAUGGCUGAGCAUGAGGAGUUUACCGCUUGA